AUGUCAAUUGGGUUUUUCAUGGCUACAGUUGUUUUGGCUGAUACAAGCGUAAAGAUUGUUAAUGGUGACAAUGCCAACAUAGAGGAUUAUCCAUGGAUGGUCUCUGUUCAAUUCAGAAUAAACGAAAAUGAUAGUUUUACCCAUAAAUGUGGAGGAGCAAUUCUUGACAAAAGUUGGAUUCUUACAGCGGCACAUUGUAAUAUGUUUUAUCCUGGCAGACCGGCAAGCGAUAUAAGAAUACAAGCUGGAAGUUCAUUUUUGAGUAAGAUGAAAGUAAAAAUACCAGUGAAAAAGUAUUACGAGCACGAACAAUUUAAACCUUUUGUUACUGGCAAACUCGAUAACGACCUUAUGCUACUACAGCUUCGGAAACCACUUAGAUUCGGGUCUACAAUCAAUAAAAUCGACCUUGACUCUGAAAUAGGGAAAAAUUAUACAGGAGAAUUGUGCACAAUAACAGGAUGGGGAGAUACAGAUGUCAACGCAAGAGGCAAUAAGCCGGAUCGUUUACAAGUACUGACUUUGCCUGUUGUCACGAAUGAACAUUGUGGAAUUGCUUGGCGUAUACCAAAGACGUUUUGGAACAACAUAAUUUGUCUACAAGAUAAGGAUAAGGAUUCUUGUGAGGGUGAUAGUGGUGGACCCGUGUUUUGCAAUAAUAAACUUGUAGGGACACUGUCAUAUGGUAAUAAUAGCCCUUGUGAUGGAUCUUAUCCAAGUGUACAUUCCAGAAUUUCGGCUUACUUAGAUUGGAUAAAAGGCAAAAUGAAUCCGAAAAAUAAAAAAGACAAGAAAAACAAGAAAGGCUCAUCAAAUACGAAAGGAAAGGGAAAGCAAAAGCAAAAGAAUAAUAGAAAUUAA